AUGGCCAUGCUAGACGUCCUCGACCUACCCCAGCUUUACACCAAGCCCUCCGCAGAGGCCCUCCUCUACACGCUCGCGCUCCUCACCACCGGUCCGCGGUCAUGGGAAUACACAAGCACGAGUGAUGAAGCCGGUAAUCGAGUGGAUUCUGGUGAGCCUGUUGUCCAGGUCAACCCAGAGGGCGUCACACGAUACCUCACUACUAUCAUCGGUAGCGGUUUACAAUGGAUUCAAGACGAUGAGGUCAAGGAGCGCAUCUGGGAUCAGGCCAGCGCCCGACUGAGCGAGCGCUCCGGUCGAUCUGCCAUGAGCACCAUGUCUCGCACAUUCCAAAUCCCUACCGCCUCUGAAUCCUUCGAGCUCAAGAUUCACGAGCCUGCUAUGACAGGCGACGAUCUAGGCCUGAAGACAUGGGCUGCUUCAUACAUGCUUGCUAAGCGCCUCAAGAACUUCAACCUCGUGCUGCCAGAUACACAUGAGAGGCUACAGGUCCUGGAGCUUGGGUCUGGUACCGGUUUAGUAGGAUUAGCAAUGGCCGGCCUUGGCGCAGACGUUGUUCUGACAGACCUGCCCAGCAUUUGCCCGAACCUGGCCUACAAUGCGCAGCAGAAUCGAGAAAUUGUCAGUCUCAAUGGUGGAGCAGUCCGCACAGCUGUGCUUGACUGGACACAUCCCACUCACUGUGAACCUUUGCCAAACGUCAACGGUACUGGCGACAAUCUAGCCAUUCCUGCAAAAUUUCCCUUAAUCUUGGCCGCAGAUUCACUAUACUCUCCAGAUCACCCACGCAUGUUAGUUGAUACCAUUGCCGCUUGGCUUUCUCCGGACAACGACGCUAGAGUAAUCAUCGAGUUUCCAUACAGAGACUGUUACUUGCCCGAGAUCAAGGACUUCCGUCGCCGGAUGCUUGAGCUCGGCUUAGAGAUAUUGGAAGAGGGAGAGGAGAGGGGACGGGAUGACUGGGGACCGUCAGAGACAAGCGAAGAUACAGAUGAUGAAGCGCUCGUGACUUGCUGGUGGUCAUGUUGGAAAAGGCAAAUUUCAAGGGCCAGCUGA